AUGGCUGAUGUAGACGAUAUUCAAUUCGAUCUCAAUGCAAAUGGUGACCAGUCUGUUGACGUAAUCGAGAAUUGCCCAUCGCCGCCGCCUCCAUUCCAUCGAAAAGUAGUCGAACCAGAUAUAAUUGUUGAACCUCCGAUAACAUUUGUCGAUCACGAACAUGUAAUUCCGCUGAAGAAUAUUGUUCCAUUUGAUAAUAUAUUUUUCAACGAUGCAAAAACUUAUCUCUUCGAAACCACUUCAAAUUCUGCAACGAAUUUGAAUGAAUCAGUGAACAAAUCUUCUCGAAAUGUUUUUCAACGUUUUCUAAAUUUCUUUCGCUUCUCAAUGCUUUCUCAACAAAAUAUCGAAUUCAAUCAGCAAUGUGAACAAUUGCUACAAUUGACUAAAUACCCAUGUAAUAUGACAGAUCGCAUUCACAUACGAAUUCUCUUUACGAUCUAUCGUCGAUUGACUCAUUCGAAAGAAAUCUUUUACAGUACAUUGGGUCCACACUGGGAAGAAAUUGGCUUCCAGUCGAUAAAUCCGGAAACUGAUUUUCGUUCUACCGGCCUUUUCUCCAUAUUUUUUCUUCUGUAUUUCGUCGAUUCAAUGUACUUACCAUUAGCAAAGACGAUCUAUUUACUUUCAUUGGACCAGGUUCAAGAAUUUCCUUUUUGUUGUAUUGGAAUCAACUUAGCCAAUAUCUUAAUCAAAUAUCUCCGACAAACGAAUACAUCUCGUGCACAUUUACAUAAAUUGCUCAACGAAAACACGGCUAUCGAUAUUGUAGGCAAAUUAUUCAUUGCCCUCUAUCUCAAUUUCUAUUUAAAAUGGAGAGAUAAUGGUUACACCAUCACAAACACUCAGCAAGUGUUGACUGAAUUGGAAAAGAUCCUGCACAAUCAACCGAGAAUGCUACUUCAGGAGUUCGAUGAUUAUUUUCAUAAGCGACAAGAACACCGUGCACAGCAGUAUGAACUCAGACAGACGCAAGAUAAUUUGAUUUAA